UUCACGUUACAUCGUAAUUUACACCUACUAAAAAAGUCUAAAAAUGUCAAUAUUCCCAUUUUACCCCCCAACUCUCACUAUAAAAGAGAAGCCCCAACAAAGUUGGAACCAUCAACCAAGAUAUCUAUUUUCCUUCACCCAUCCAUUACAUUUAAUUUAACCAUGAAAGUGAAUAUAGUUAGCACCAAGUUGAUAAAACCAUGCUCCCCAACUCCUCAAAGCCUUAGAAAUCACAAGAUAUCUUUCAUGGAUAAUCUUAACCCUCCAAUGAAUGUUGGAGUAAUUCUCCUAUAUGACAACUCAAUAUCACCAAAAUAUCCAAAACAAACAACAACUCAUUUUCAAGAAUCACUAUCCAAAAUUCUACCCCAAUUCUACCCACUCGCGGGAAGAUACAUCAAGAAGGAUCACUCGGUCGACUGCGAUGAUUCGGGCGCCGAAUUCGUAGAAGCACAAGUUGCUGACGAUGUGACGCUAAGUGAUGUCAUUCUGGCAUCCGAAAGGGACUUGAAGUUGCUAAAUGAUUAUUUUCUCCCACCUAAAUUUCACCAAGUGGACGAAUCUCCCACCGACCCACUCCUCUCGAUUCGGAUCACAAGGUUCAAGUGCGGCGGGCUCGUUGUCAGCGUCAGUGUUUCUCAUAGAAUUUUCGACGCGUCUUCCGUGGGGACUUUCCUCGCCGUUUGGUCGAACGCCAACAAAAAUCCAGGGAUGGUGGGGAGCAUCAAAAUCCGACCGAGUUUCGACACUCCGCCUGAGUUUUUUUCGGGCAGCUACAUUAGUCGAGGCGAUCCUAUAAAAACGUGUUGGGAUCCCAACAUUGUCGUCAAGAGGUUUUCGUUUCACAAGGAGGCUAUAACGAGAUUGAGAUCGAAAUUGAGGUUGCCAGAAAACUCGAGAGUGCGCGUGGUGUCCGCGGUCAUAGCGGAGGCCAUGAUCGGAGUGGACCGGGCGAAGCACAGCGGGAAAUCGAGAGCUUGCCUCAUCGCUCAGGCGGUCAACAUGCGUGGGAGAACAUUUCCGCCUCUUCCCAAACAUUCCUGUCAGAAUUGGGUAAUACUGUCGCCCACACGGUGCAUGAUUCCAAACACCGUUGUUGGGAAUAAUAAUAAUAAUAAUAUUCAAGAAUUGGUUGAUAUACUAGGCGACGGCCUCGAAAAAACCGUCUAUGAUUGUGCUGAAAUAUUUUCUCCAACGGGUCGGGACGUGAAAAGUAUAAUUAUGGAGCCUUUGGUGAAUGUGAGGGGAAAAUCGAUGGGGGGAGAGGUGAAUGUUUUUGCUUUUAGCGAUUGGAGCAAGUUUGGAUUUUACGAAGCGGAUUUUGGAUGGGGGAAGCCCGUGGGGGCUGGAAUCGGGGCGUUUUCUCGACCGAACAUAAUUGUACUUAUGGAUAGCAAAGAGAACGGUGGAUUGGAGGCGUGGGUGCAUUUGAAUCGUAGUGACAUGCCUUACUUCGAGAAGAACGACCAAAUCAAACUAUAUGCAACCUAAUUAAGAUAUUGGAAACCAAAUUACCCGGUUCGAAUCGAGUCAAUGAUGGUUUACAUUUUGUGUGGUUUGCUUGCACGAGAGUGGUGCUCUACUUAGUGCACAUUUGUAAUUAGUUGUGUGUUAAUUCCUUAUAAUUUUUUUUGGUCUUUUCUUAGAAUACUAAUUGAUUCGUAUGUAAUAAUUUAUUUCACUUGAUAUUUUACGGAGUAAACUGCUAAAAGCACCCCUGUGUAAUCUCCAAAUAGCAAAAACCCCUAU